AUGGGAGCUGUCGCGCAAAUUCGAUCCCCGCGCUCACUGGAUGCCUGCCUGGUCAGCGCGAGCAAUGCUGUUCUGCAGGCCCUGUACUCCGUACUCAGGUCCUGUACUGUAUUGUACGGUACUGCCGCGUAUUUCGAUCUUCCAACUCCCCGCUCCAAGCCCUCAAAGGGCGCUCUAACAAUGAACCGGCUCUUCGGGACGAAGAAUGCGGCUCCAAAGCCCACCCUCGAUAGUGCUAUCUCCAAUACCCAGACUUCUAACGAGUCUGCGUCCCAGGUCGAGAAUCGCAUCUCCAGCAUCGAUGUCAAGCUCGCCGCUCUCAACUCAGAGCUCUCCACGUAUCAGUCGCGACUAGCAAAGAUGCGAGAUGGCCCUGGCAAGCAGGCGCUCCGGCAGAAGGCGCUCAAGGUGCUACAGCGAAAGAAGCAGUACGAGGCGCAGCGGGAUCAGCUAUCGCAGCAGUCGUGGAACAUGGAGCAGGCCGCGAUGAUGCAGGACAACCUGAAGAACGUGAUGACGACGGUGGACGCCAUGAAGACAACGACCAAGACGCUCAAGAAGCAAUACGGCAAGAUCGACAUCGACAAGAUCGAGCGCAUGCAGGACGAGAUGGCGGACCUGAUGGAGAUCGGCAAUGAGAUCAAUGAAAGCAUUUCCCGCGCAUACGACAUCCCCGAAGACGUCGACGAGGCAGAGCUGGAUGCAGAGCUGGAAGCUCUGGGCGAGGAGACCAUGUUGGACAAUCAGCUGGGCGAAGAGGCGCUGCCCAGCUUCAUGCAGGACGAAGUCGCGCCUCCCACGUUCAUCGACGAACCGCCCGAACAAGGCAAGGUCAAAGAAGCGGCCGGCGGUGUUGGAUAA